CUACACGCCUUUCUCCCUGCUCGCUGUGAAUCUUCCACGCUCGCAUCGCGUUCGCUCCUCGUCCUGGAGCCCGGGGAAGUUGAUUCAUCGCUGGAUAUGAUGUUGAUACUACCACUCCUCACCACUGCACUCGCCUUCGCCACAGACGUCUUUGCCAGGUCGACGAGUCGAAAUCCGAUCACAGCUCUUGCAAACGUGCAGAAUGCCACCAUACACACGAAUAAUGGCCGUAUACACCAUCUCUCGCACUUCGACCUGUCCUUCCACUUCUUCAAUACCUACGCCAAACUCUCGCUCGAGCCCAAUCACGAUAUUAUAGCAGAGGGAGCGACGAUAACUGUCAUAGGUUCCGACGGGAUCGAGCGUUCGGAGCCGUUGGUGCGCUCGAAUCACAAAGUGUACAAGGGCACGGCGUGGGUGUGGACACAGGCGGAGAAGUGGGAAAGAGCUGGCUCGGCGCGAGUCUAUGUGCAAAAGGAUGGUGUCCAUCCGACGUUCUCGGGAUCGUUUGCGGUGAACCACGUUUCGCAUCAUGUCCAGCUUGCGUCGAACUACAGGACGUCAAGGCAUGAGUUGGACCCGAGUAUCGAGGACAGUGAGGAUGAAUAUAUGGUGCUGUGGCGCGAUUCUGAUAUCUCGGCGCAUUCCAUGGGCCAUUCGGAGUUGAAGAGAGACGGACAGGAGAAGGCUUGCAGGGCGGAUACGUUGCUGUUCAAUACGGCGCCUGAGCAUCCUGUGUAUGCGCGGAUGUUGCGACGCGAUGAGAGCUUCUGGGCUGCCUCGAUCGAUUCACUCCUGGGCAAGCGCCAGAUAGAUGGCACCCCAGGGGGUAACUCUGCUGGUGUCAAUCUUGUCUCGACCAUUGGGCAGACGACUGGCUGUCCGUCCUCCCGUCAAGUUGCACUGGUAGGCGUGGCCUACGACUGCAAUUAUCUCGCCGAGUUCAACUCGAAUACGUCUGCCGUCAGCGACAACAUCAUCGACGUCAUGAAUUCCGCAUCGGACAUAUAUGAGAGGACCUUCAACAUCACUCUGGGUCUCAAGAGCAUAACUUCCUCACCAGCGUGUUCGUCGUCCUCGGGCAGUCCUGCCUGGAACGUGCCUUGCUCGCAGAAUAUCAACAUUGAACAGAGACUGAAUCUGUUCUCGCAAUGGCGCGGUGAGCAGUCUGACAACAACUCUCACUGGACACUACUUUCGACAUGUGCGACCGACUCUGCCGUUGGUCUUGCUUGGCUUGGACAAGCUUGCAUCCAGGGCUCGCAGGCGAAUGGAGGAAACAGUGCCGAGACUGUUGCUGGUGCCAAUGUUGUAUACAGGACUGGCGGUGGAGGAUCAGAAUGGCAGAUUAUAGCCCACGAAACUGGCCACACAUUUGGCGCAGUUCAUGACUGCACAAGUCAAACCUGUAGCGACGGUACAACUGUCAAUGCCCAACAAUGCUGUCCUCUUCAGAGCACCAGCAAUUGUGACGCCCAAGCACAAUUCAUCAUGAACCCCAGCACAUCCAACGGCAUCUCGGCCUUCUCCCAAUGCACCAUUGGCAACAUAUGCUCAGCUUUUAGUCGCCGCUCCGUCUCGACGUCUUGUUUCACAAACAACCGCGACGUGACCUUGGUCACCGGCCAGCAAUGCGGCAACGGCAUCGUCGAGGGCGACGAGCAAUGCGACUGUGGCGGUGCCGACAACUGCGGCAACAACGCCUGCUGCGACGGGGCAACCUGCCGCUUCAGGAACAACGCUGUCUGUGACGACGCCAACGAGCCCUGCUGCUCAUCCUGCCAACUCGCCUCCUCCUCAACUGUCUGCCGCGCCUCCACCGGCGAAUGCGAUCCCGAAGAAAGAUGUUCCGGCACCGCCGCCACCUGCCCCACGGACGUCCAGACCCCAGACGGCACAUCCUGCUCCAACAACCUCCAAUGCACCUCCGGCCAAUGCACAUCGCGCGACAUGCAGUGCAAAACAGUCAUGGGCUCCUACACCCAGGGCAACGACACCUACGCCUGCGACGACUCCUCCUGCAGCAUCUCCUGCGGCUCCCCCGAAUUCGGCCCGGGCGUCUGCUACGGCCUCAAGCAAAACUUCCUCGACGGCACCGACUGCGGCGGCGGCGGCCGCUGCCAGAACGGCCGCUGCGACGGCUCCUCCCUCGGCGGCCGCAUCUCCAGCUGGGUCGAGCGCAACAGGUCGCUCGUCAUCGGCGUGAGCGCCGGCGUCGGCGGCCUCCUCCUCCUCGGCAUCCUGAGCUGCAUCAUCGGCUGUUGUCGCCGUAGGAGGCGGUCGAGGAAGCUGAUACCUGUUGCCCCGCCCGUGUUGCCGCCGGCUGGUAUGGCGGGCUUCUACGGGCGUAGUAGGGGCGGAGGGAGCGCUGGUCGGCCGCAUGGGGGUAGUAAUACCGGUGCUGGUGCUGCGCACAUCGGCUCGUCGAGUCCUCAUCAUGGUAGUGAUAUGGCGUGGAGCGGGCCUGUGCCGCCGCCGUUGGCGCAUCGUGGUAGUAGUACGCGGUAUGCAUGACGUAUGUAGUAACUAAGGGGGUAGUUUUGGGGGAUUUGUGGCUGGAAAAGGGGAUCUUAUACAGCUCGUUGAAGCCUUGUUAUGAUGACCU